AUGUUCCUGGACACAAUUUCAGACGAUUAUGCAUUGAGUGAAUAUGUCCCAUUGAGUCAACCCAGUGCUGCAGUCAUGAAUGAAAAGAAUGAAUUAUUUGUUGCAGACACCAUUCAUCAUGUCAUUCGUGUCUUAUAUCCAAAUUCAACCUCGAGGGUCUAUGCUGGUUUAGGAACAGCAGGAUUCAAUGGAGAUGGCAUGCAUGCAUUACUCACUCAAUUCCACACUCCAAUAGGUUUAAGUUUAACUCCGAAUGGAGAUUUAUAUGUGGCUGAUUCGGGUAAUGGAAGGGUAAGAAAGAUAUCAGCCUCUACUCGGAUAGUUACCACUCUAAUUUCAAAUCAAGAACUCUCUACACCGGUCGGAGUGUUUGCCAUGAUGAAUGGAGAUGUUUAUGUAACGGACUCAACGAAAGGCUUAGUGAAACAUUUCCAUGCAACCACAGGAAAGGUUUCAUUAGUAGCAGGAGGAGGAUCGGUUGUUGUAGGUGGAGGUUUAGCAACAAGCAUGAAGUUAAUUUCUCCGUAUGGAAUUCACGUAACCCCACAAGGAGUGAUUUUCAUUACAGAAUUGAGAAGUGGAUAUAGCGUGGUUUGGAAGAUUGAAGGGCCUCAAAUUGGAAUGCAACAAAUCAUACAAGUUGCAGGUAACAUCCAGGGCAUGGGCACUAAAACUUUUUAUGAAAACUCGCAACCCUGGGUGGCUUUUUUUUCUGCGCUCAAAGGAAUAUUUGUGAGAUCGAAUGGUGACAUUCUUGUUGCGGAUUAUGGAUUGAAUGCAGUUAGAACUAUUUCAAUAACAAAUGGCAUUGUCACAACCUUUGCAGGUGAUGGUAGAAAUGUAAAUGACGGUGAAAAUGUCAUUCCAACCAAAGCCGCAAUUAAUCAACCUGCUUUUAUUUAUGAGCACUCAAACGGAGAUGUUGUAAUUACUGGAGCAGAUCAUGUGAAACUAGUUUCAAAAUCUACCGGAACCAUUUCAACAGUUUGGGGAAAGUACAAUGAUAAUAAUCGUUAUGGUGACGGUCUAAGGUCCACUGCUUUGGGAGCUAUCGUUUAUCCAAAUCAUGUAGCUGUCUCAAAAGAUAAUGGUGAGAUCUAUUUUACAGACUCAAAUGCUUCAACUAUUAGAAAAAUUUCACAAGAUGGUAUUCUGACAACCAUUGCUGGAAUUCCAAAGAAGACAGGGUACCCUGGCCUUGAGAAUGUCAAUGCGAGAGAAACGUUGCUGAGUGCACCUACAUGUCUACACCGAUACGAAAAUGGUGAAAUUCUUUUUUGUGAUGCGGGUUCACGGUUAAGAAGGAUUCAGCUCAAUGGAAAUGUUACUACUGUCUUCUAUUCUCAAGUUACUGCAGUUUUUCCGACAGGUCAAAGCUCAACAACAGGUUUCAUCUAUUGUGCAAAUUCAGCAUUCAUAUUUAAAAUCAACGCAACAACAUCAAGCAUGACCAUUGUUUACAACUUUGCAGGAAACACCGAACAAAGUACGAAAUCAUUUCAUGUGGUUGAUGCUUUAACUGAUGGCCCAAUCCUCUAUUUUGCUGAAUAUGGAACGAAUUCCAUAUUCAAAUAUUUCGAGAAUAAUUCAACAAAAAUUUUACUUUAUAAUGGAACGAAUGAUCUGUCAAUUAGCAGUAUUGCAGUUCAGAAUGAUACUCUUUAUUUUGUUCAUGGAAGUUCGACCAUUCGGGCAUUGUCACUUCGAGAUGGUUCAGUUCGUAUUAUUGCUGGAAUUGCACCAGAUAGCAAUGGAAAUGAAUUUGCGGGUUAUAACGGUGAUGGAUUGAAAGCAACUGAAUCAUUAAUUAGCACUCCUACAAGUCUAUUCCUCACAGCACAGGGAGAAAUUUAUUUUGUUGAACAAACAGUUCGAAUUAGAAAGAUAUCUGUGGAUGGUAUUUUGUCAACAGUGGCCGGUAGAUUUCAAUACGAUGCAUCAUCCAAAGCUCCUCAAUCAGCCGAUUCUACAUAUCUCAAUACCAUUAACUCCAUUUCCUUUGUUAAAAACAAAGACUCUAAAAGUGGAGGAGACAUUUGGAUUCAUUCAGUUGACUCAUUUUACAACUCCUAUUUGUUAAGCAAGGUUGACAUCAAGAACGGAUACCUUUCUCGCUUAUCAGGUUUCAGGAUCUAUGUGAAUGGAGUGAAUGCAUUUGAAGGUCUUUUGAAGAACGUCCUUGUCACUGGUUUGGUGUCUACAUGUGGAUUUUCGAAUGGAGACGUCAUUAUUGCAGCAAGACAAUACCACGUGCUGUACAAAUAUGUAGCCGCCACUGGAUUGGUUUCAAUUAUCGCAGGAACCUUUAUACAGUCUAGCUCACCACCAACGGAAGGUCUUGCAUCUCAGUCGUUGCUUGCUUCUCCAAGAGUCCCAAUGUGCUUUGAUAAUGGAGAUAUACUCUUCAUUCAAGGCGCACUUGGAAUGUCAAGAAUUUCGAAAUAUAUAGCUGCCACUGAGAGCAUUGUAUUUUUGGCAAACGUUACAGCAAUCGUGAAUGGAGCUGCCAUUUCGCCUUUCACAGGUGACUUGUAUUUUGUAGAACAAACAACAAGUACUGUGAAAAUGAAAAAUUUUACUAGUGGAGAAAUUUCUAUCAUUGCUGGUAACGGGUACUCUGGUUACAAUGGAGAAGAUGUAUUGGCAACAGAGGCGAGCCUUAGAAAUCCACAAUCGUUAGUAUUUCUAAAGAAUGGAGAUUUAGUGAUCUCUGAUUCUGGAAAUGGGUUGAUUCGUAAAGUAUCCAAAGAAACUAAACGAAUUGUAACCAUUGGAGGAAUGAUUCCAGGAUCAGAGACAUGCAACUAUAAUGGAGAUGGACGGUUAUCUACACAAACUUGUGCAGGACUUCCAACCACGAUCGUAUCUGGAGACAAUGGCGAACUGUAUUAUGCUGAUCAAACAUUUGGUCUCGUUCGAAAAAUGAUUCCAUUUUGUGAAGGAAACAGAACACUUGAUAAUGAAACCUUUUUAGAAUGUAUUUGUUUGAAUGGAUGGAGUGGAUCGAAUUGUGAAAUUCCAUCUUGCAAUGGAACUUGGGCCAACGAUAUUCGAGUAUGUUCUGGAAAUGGUCAAUGUAAAUCGUUGGAUUCGUGUCAAUGCCAAAAUGGAUUUGAAGGAUCACUGUGUGAAAGAACAUCCUUUCGCCAAAAUACUGAUGCAAUUAUUAUUGGUGUGGUGGUUGGUGUUGGAGGUUGUCUCAUUCUUUCAGCACUUGUCAUUGUUGUGAUUGUCAUUGCAUGGUACUUGUCUUUGCGAAGAGGAAAAAACAGCAAGAAUUCAGAAGUGAAUAUUGAAAAUGGAAACAAGGGAAUUUCUCAUAUUUCUACAUUGAAUAGUGUCGAGUUGGAAACAAAUUUUUCCUCUUCAGACUUUCCUUCCGAUGCAAGUGUCUCAUUCACACCUCUCAUGACAGAGAAUGGUUCUGGAACUGUAUCAGCAGAGGCACGAGGACAAGCGAUAGAUCCAUUCUCUCGUUAUCAAAAUAUUGUGAAGAUUGGUCAAGGAGCAUUUGGUUCAGUUUUUAAAGCGAAUGAUACAAAAUAUGGAAACAAAGCGAAAGCUGUCAAAGUCAUGAAAUUUUCAUCGAUGAGUGAAUUGAAUAGUAUCAUGAAAGAAGGAAUUCAAUUGAUGAACAUUCGACAUGACAAUAUUUUGAAAGUGAAUGAUAUUUUCUUGUCCAAAGAUCAACUUUUGUGUCUCGAUAUGGAUUAUUAUGAGAAAGGAGACUUGAACAAAUUUACCACAUUAGCACCUGGUCAUGCAGUGGAAUGUAAUGAAAAGAUUGUGAAACAAGUGAUUUAUCAAAUUUGUACUGCAUUGGUCUAUGUUCAUGGAACAUUGAACAUUAUUCACAGAGAUAUCAAACCUUCAAAUAUUUUCAUUCAGAGUUUUGAUGAAAAGAAACAACAGAUUCGUGUUGUUUUAGCUGAUUUUGGUCUCGCAAAAGGAAAUCAAGGAUCUGAAGCACAAAGUUAUGCAGGCACUCCAUUAUAUAUGAGUCCUGAAAUUGGAUUGGGAAGCAAAUAUUAUGCAAAUACGGAUGUGUAUUCAUUGGGUGUGACUGUUUAUCAAAUGAUGACCAAAGAUACAGCCACUUCCAUCAGUCACUUAUUAUUAACCAAAGAACCCUCAGUUUCCAAACAAAUAUUGAAAAACAAAAUACUGGAAAAUGAUUAUUCAGAAGAAUUGGCCAAUAUUGUACUCCAAAUGUUGGAGAAGGAAAGUGUGACGAGACCCAAUGCUCAAGAUAUCUUGUCGUUACCUUAUUUUAACAAGUGA